AUGAACGACAUUCUUAGACCCGAUCUACUAUGGAUAGAAGGGAGAUGUUAUAGAGUAAAUGAUCCGACUACAGAUAUUUCUUUUCACCAAGAACACGAUUUGUUUGAAAACGAGAUGAUAUAUGAGGAUAUGCCUCAAGAGGACGACGAUGAUGACUACGAAGUUGAAAUGGUUGACUCCAAUAGGUUUUAUACAACGUUUCAUGUAUCUAAGCACUAUUUAGGUCACAUUAUAGGUAAGAAAGGAACAACAAGAAUGAGAAUACAAAGAGACACCAAGACAGACAUAAAAAUACCUAAAUUGGGUGAAACUAAAGAUGUAACAAUUUAUGGUUCAAAUGUUGCUAGUGUGAAAGCCGCUCGGAGGAGAAUUAAUGUUAUUGUCAUGUCAGCUAGAAUGAAAAAUCACUCUACCCACUUUAUUUCUAUUCCAAUGAAUAGCCCCGAUAUUAUGAAGAGCUUUGAAAGUUUCAAGAACUCUGUUCUAUCAGAGUGUCAAAGCAGGGGUUUGGAAGAAUCACUAUUUAUAAAAGCUAGUAAACUUCACAUAACUGUUGGUGUCAUGUGUUUGAUGGACAAUGAAGAAAGGUUACUUGCUUCCAAAUAUUUAACAGAGGCUAAAGAACUUAUUAUUAUGCCCAUUUUAAAAAACUAUCUACCACUAAGACUUAGACUUAAAGGAUUGUCCUAUAUGAAUGAUGACCCAAAGGAUGUGCAUGUAUUGUAUGGCACUGUUGAAGAAGAUAACGUUCGAGAUGGUCUUCUACAAGAUGUGGUGGAUGCAAUUGUUGAAUUCUUUUAUAAGAAAGGCUUCAUGGAUAAGGAAUUUGGUCGAGACCACGUCAAAGUGCAUGUCACUUUAUUAAAUUCAAAGUACAGAGGCAGGUCGUCACGGGACGAUGAAGAUGAGCCUUCAAUAAAACAACAAAGAGAGAGUUUCGAUGGAUCAGAAGUAUUAAAAAAAUUUAAAGAUUUUGAUUUCGGUGUUAUAGAGCUAAGUAGUAUUCACCUGUCUCAGAGGAAAUCAAUGGGCUCAGAUGGAUUCUAUCAGCAAACCUGUGUAAUAAAUUUAAAUUAA